CAGCGCUACUUAUAUAGUCCCAUUGCUAUCUAUAUACAAAAAUAAAAAGUUUUAAAUGUAUAAAGAAAUUUGUCGAUAAAACAAUGGCGCUAUGAUAGAAAAUAUGCCGUCGUUAUAGGCUUUAAAGUUUUGAGUUUACCAAAAUCAGGUAUAAAUUGCAUUUUUUUUAACAGUUAAAUGGCAGAAUUUCAAUAUUAAUGAAAAAUUUUAGUUUAAAUGCUGUUUGUGGUAGCAUGUUUACUUAUUUCUCGUACUUUUGAUAUGUGUAGCAAAAUUAUUUGACCCUUGGUAUAAUUUCUAUUGCUUUUGUAAUGUUUAUCGACCUUCGGGGCAGAUAGUGACAGUUUUUGACGGGGCACAUAGUGACGACACUGCACAUGCGCAUCUAGCCAUAGGACUCGCAUAGCGCUGCACGUCGGUGAUAUGACGGUUUCUAACCUGUACUAUUGUCAACAUCAACGAUUAAUAUAUCGCUUCAAGGGACAGAGCGACACUUUUUCUGCCAGAUUCUUCGUUUCGUACGAAAACGCAGAUUAAGUGGAAAUUGAUCAAAAUCGGAGCCACUGGAUCUUAAAAUGCUUUUUUUACCAAAUCAACAUGGUAAGAACAUAUAAAAAAAAAACAGAAAGGAAAACAACAAGCUCUGAUAAACUUGAAGCUGGCAUCCAGUUAUUAAAAGCAGGAUGGACUAUUAGAGAUACUGUCUCGCAUAUCGGCAUAAAUCGUCAAACACUGUAUCGAGUUUACUCAAAAUUAAAAGAGAAUCCUAAUUCUGCUAAAUCUUUUAAUUUGAGUUACCAAUCCAGAUGUAUCUUCACUAAAGAAAUUGAAGAGAGUAUUGUCCAAUACUGCAUGCAGGUAGCUCAAAUGGGUUAUGGGCUUACAGUUCAUAUGGUAAGAGAGCUAGCUUGGCAAGUUGCUGUAGAAAAUAACUUACCAAUACCAGAAAAUUGGAAAAAGGAAUGCAAAGCCGGAAUAGAUUGGUUUCACGGUAUAUUUUUAUUAGUCUUUAAAAAUUUUACAUUAGCCUCUUAAUGUAAUGUAUCCAUGUUAUCUUUUUUAUUAUAGGCUUUAAAAAACGUCAUCCAGUUAUUUCAAUAAAAGUGCCAGAAGCUUGUAGUAUUGCAAGGGCAAUGGCUUUCAAUAAGACUAACGUUGAAAUAUUCUUCAACAAAUUAGAAGAAGUACUUUUAAGGAGUGAUUCAUUCAAGAAUGGAUCUCGAAUUUAUAAUUUGGAUGAAACGUGCACUUCAACUGUCCAAAAUCAGAGAAAAAUCGUCUCACCAAAGGGUGUAAAACAAGUUCAUCAAAUAAAGGGCGCAGAGAGAGGGACAUCUGUUACUACAUGCGUUAUUAUUGGUGCUUUCGGUGUUGUUUUACCUCCUGUGCUUAUAUUUCCUCGAAAGAAACGUAUACCAGACUUAAUGAUAAAUGCUUUUCCUGGAUCUCUUGGAUUAGGAAAUGAAAAGGGGUACAUGACAAAAGAAUCAUUUUUCCAUGUUAUGGAGCACUUCAUCAAUUGCACUAAAUCAUCUAAGCAAAAUCCUACUCUUUUAUUGUUGGAUAACGUGGAAACUCAUUUUUCUACAAAGACUUUAAAUCUUGCAAAAGAAAAUGGCGUGGUAAUAUUUACUUUUCCUCCUCACUGCACUCACAGACUUCAGCCUCUAGAUGUGGGAAUCUUUGGUCCAUUUAAGGUUCAUUAUGAUAACGCUAUUAAUUCAUAUCUUAUGAAUAAUCCUGCUAGUCCUCCUACAUUAUAUCGCAUAGCUGGUUUUGUCAAAGAGGCACUCUGCAAAGCAGUAACUCCUCAUAAUAUCAUAAAGAGUUUUGAAACAACUGGAAUCUUCCCAUUCAAUAGGAAUGUAUUUCAAGAAUCUGAUUUUAUCAUGGCUAGUGUAACAGAAAAGCCUGAUUCUUCUAAGGCAGAUUCCAUUUCCUCUCCUGAAAUAAUGACACCUACUAACAUUCUUGUUGAUAUCACUGAAGAAGGAAUCAACACAAAUAAAUUUGAUAUCAAUGUUAAUGUCAGUGAAUAUCCAUCUGCUUCCUCUUCAAAUGAGCCUUCUUUUCGUGGUCCAGCAGAUAUUCGAGGUUUACCAAAAGCAAAACAGCAAGAAAAUAAGCGAAGGAAUAAACGAAAAGGAAGAUGCAUGAUAGCAACUGAUACGCCUGAAAAAAAUGAAAUAGCUCAGCGAGAAAACGAAAAAGAAUUAAAGAAAAACAAAGCUGAAGAAAGAAGAAAAAGACAAGAACAAAAAACAGUAGAAACUAAGGAAAAUCAGAAAGGACAAAAAAAGGUGAAAAAGAAUAUAUGUUUUGAUAAUGAUAACAUGAAAAAAUCUCAGAAAAAGGAGAAUUUAUCUUAG